UCCGAAUCCGAUGCCUUCUUCAGUUCAUCUCCUCAAGGCUCCCUCCCUCCCGCUGCAUAAAUCAGAGAACUUUGUGACGAAGAACCGAGUCAGAGACAACGUAUCGAGCCAUUUUGUAUUGCGAAAAAUGAUCAUUCCGGUUCGUUGUUUCACUUGCGGAAAGGUGAUCGGAAACAAGUGGGAUACGUAUCUGGAUCUUCUGCAGGCAGACUACAGUGAAGGAGAUGCACUAGAUGCUUUGGGUUUGGUCCGUUAUUGCUGUAGACGCAUGCUGAUGACCCAUGUUGACCUCAUUGAGAAGCUUCUGAACUACAAUGCUCUGGACAAGUCUGAGCCCAGCUAGACAACUCAAGGAAUUACAGAUGACUCAGAAACCAGUUUUGCCACUUUCCUCUCAUCGUGUCAAUGAUUUUGCCUUCUUUUACUUCUUCAAAUUGUCUAUCGUCAGACGUGUCUAGUCUGUUCGAGUCAAUUGAGCUGUGUGCAGUUUUACAAAGAGACUAUCAUAUUAAUCUGAUGCAGCGUGUGUUAAAUACCUGGCCCCUCGUCUGUGUCAGUUAGUGUGAUACUGUGAUGUGAAACCCCAACUGUGACAUCAUUACAUCAUAUUAUGACUUGAAAGACUAAAUUUACAAAGCCUUGUUUUCAAAUUGAUUCUACACGGGAUUUUAUC